AUGGGUGACACAUACAUGUCACUGUUCCCCCUGCACUGUCAGCAGCGUUCAUACCUACACGAGCGCCAGUGGCAGUGCCCUCGCGUCCCUCCGCUGCUCCACCAGAAGCAGCGACAGGGAGGCGGACUGGAAUUGAACACCAUUAGAGAAAUAAAGUCUAAUGCUACCAAAGCAUCAGAAAAUACGCACGCCACAAUUCACAGUUCUGCCAACAAGCAAGCGAGCGAGCGUGCAUGGAGCAGCAGCAGCCGUGCACGCGAGAGGACGAUAUGUUCAGACGAAGGUCCUGUUUCUUUGAAACGCUUACUAAAGUAUCUCUGUGGAGCUCAACAAGCAGUCUCAAGAGUUUUGGAAAUCAAGCUAGACGCCGGAGAACUGAAAGUUGAUUAUCAAGAAAUGGAUUUAGCGGUACUGAAGCAGGAGGCUGCAGACCUGGGAUUGACUGAUCCUCGUGAUAUUGCUAAGUAUGUGCAGGACCAGCAACGAGACCUGCGGGCGGAGCGCAGAGAGCGGGAGGAUCGCGAACGCGAGUUUGCGGCCGCCCAGGCGAUGCGGGAGCACGAGAUUCAGAUGGCGGAGUUAAAUUUUAAGCAUAAGAUAGAGGUUCUUAAAGCUACGCCGCCCCCGCCCGUGGCUCCUCCCAAGACGAAGUUGCCGAUGUUUCCUGACGACGCAGACCAGGUCGAAGCUUAUUUCCUCGUACUCGAAAGGGUCGCCGCCGAUCACGGGUGGGACGAGAAAACGAUGUUUCUGCAGCUCGUAACCCGCCUCCAGGGUCACAGCCUAGAUGUUUAUCACCGCACCGAAAUAGAAGGUAAUUUGACGUACAGUGAAUUAAAGGAGGCUCUGCUGAGUGCUUACGCUAUUAGCCUCGAGCAGGCUCGUUGCAGGUUCCAGGAAGCUCACCUUGACGAGCGGGAGACCUGCAGGCUUUUCAUCACUCGCCUCUCUCAUCUCUUCAAGACUUGGCAUCGACUGAGUAAUUUACCUGAUACCAAGGAAGGUAUCCUGGAGCUCAUUCUGGUUACUCAGCUGCUAUCUUCGCUGCCCAAAGGAUUGCGAGCUCAGCUGAGAAUGAACAAAGUUACUAGCCUGGCGGAGACGGCGGACAUAGCAGAUGGCUGGUUCUCUGCUUACGGCUACAACUACAGGGUCAAGAAAGAGGGCGACCGAAGGCAAGAGUCGAAGAAACCUGCUAUGAGAAGUGUCGGUGAUCGCAGGGAGGCAAAAACAGAGUUAAAAUCUCCUGAAACUGCAAAAUCACAGCCGGUAGAACACAAGCACCAGCCUUUCAAUAUGCCACGGAAAGGAGGUGAGAAGAAGCCGUUCUACCAGUCCGGUCACUUGGCUACAGUGAACAGUGUCCCGGAAAAGGAGGAGCCCCAGGUACAUGUGUCUGGCCUGGCACUUGGCCACCACGUACUCUGUGCAUGCUCUCCUCUUCCCUUGCCUUCAGCAGCCAACAAGAGAUUGUCUACUGCAGAGGGCUUAGUCCAGGGUCGCAGAGCAGUUAUCAUGCGAGACUCUGGGUCCACAGGAUGUGUAGUUAAAAAAAGGUAUGUAAAAAGAAAGGAUUAUACUGGCAAAACCGUUCGUGUUACAAUGAUUGAUGGUUCACAAAUAGUGGUGAAUGAGGCAAAGGUUUUCUGCCAGUCCCCUUACUUUACAGGCACUGUGACUGCUGCUGUCAUGGAUAACCCCGCCUUCGAUUUUGUCUUGGGCAACGUGCCUGGAGCUUCUCUGGUCCCGGCAAAAGAGGUCCAGACGCAGACACAGGUGGAAGGAGGCAAGGACGCGAUGACUCAAACUGCAGAGGAGAGUGAACCUGCUGCACAAGAUGUCACCCCUAUGUCAGAAUCCCCUGGUGUUCACGAUGUACCGAUCAUAUCUGCAGGCAUUAUAGAUCAUACCAGUGCUGCUGUCACUACGAGAGCUGCUGCACGUCGCUCUGAGAUCAGCACACGGCUGGCAAGUCCACAAGGUCUGGAAGCUUUAUUAAAAGGCGAGGACAUAGCUGAGCAGCAGAAGAAUGAUGCCACCCUCUCCAAACUACAUGAAUACGCUGAGCAACGACAUGUUCGCCUCUACAAAGGAAUAAAGACGGACUUUAUAUGGCAGAACAACAGACUUUACCGACGAACUACUUUGCCGAGGGGUGAGGUGAAGCUGCAGUUCGUUGUUCCAGCUGGAUGCCGCCAACAAGUCUUCAAGUUGGGGCACCACUCGCUCCUCGGAGGUCACAUGGGGGCAGCCAAAACUCUCGCCCGAAUACAAACCACCAUGUUCUGGCCUGGAAUGGGAGCUGAAAUCUUAAGACUCGCCCGUUCCUGUGACAUAUGUCAGAAGACAACGGACAAGGGACGCAAUACUGCGGCACCCCUACAGCCACUUCCUGUGAUUUCGGAACCGUUCUCUCGGGUGGCUGUCGAUAUUGUGGGUCCCAUUACACCUUGUGCUGACGAUAAAUCGAAAAUUGGCAUACCCAGGGAAGUACUGAGCGACAGAGGCACACAGUUUACAUCAGGCAUGAUGGAAGAGACCUGGAAACUCCUGUCAGUAAAGGGGAUGAGAACUACACCAUACCACCCAGAAGGAAAUGGACUUUGUGAGCGAUUUAAUGGCACACUAAAGAAAAUGCUAAAACGCAUGGCAGCAGACCAGCCUCGGGAAUGGCCUCGCCUCUUGGCACCGCUGCUAUUUGCCUACAGAGAAGCACCACAGAGUUCCUUAAAAUUCUCCCCAUUUGAGUUGGUGUAUGGUAGACCAGUAAGAGGCCCUUUGCAAGUUCUAAGGGAGCUGUGGGACAAUACUGAGGAUGACCCAGUAAUCACCUCCUCUUAUCAGUAUGUUCUGGAUCUGAAUGAACGCUUGCAUUCUACGUGCGAACUCGCAAAGGAGGAGCUUUUGAAAAGUCAGGUCACUCAGAAGUCCUAUUAUGACAGGAAAGCUAAGCUUCGUACACUUGAUGAAGGAGAUCAGUGCUUGAUAUUGUUGCCUACGAGCACAAACAAGCUCUUAGCUCAGUGGAGUGGACCUUAUAUUAUUCUCAAGCGAGUUUCGGACGUUAAUUACAUCGUAGGAAUCGGCCACGAGAAGAAACUUUUCCACAUAAACAUGAUAAAGAAAUAUUAUCCAAGGUCCUCCCCUGUAUCUCAGCCUAGCUGUACAACUCGUCAACAAAGGGGUGACGAUCGACGUCCAGUGAAUGUUCGGCGACGGUCCUCUCCUGAUAGCGGUGUGGAUAAUUUGAAGCAUUUUGGGUUUGCGGCAACCGUAAUACCUGAGGACUCUGGUUUCUGUCAGCCCUGGACUCCUGAAACUGAUUCGAGGGAAGGACCAGAGAGUAUUAUCAUAAACCCGAAGCUAGAGGACCACCAUAAGGCAGACCUCCGUGAGAUCAUUCAGAAGUACCCCGAAAUCUUCUCUGAUCAACCCCGAGUUGCCAAGGUGGAAGAACAUAGAAUCAUCCUUCGUAAUAAAGUGCCAGUGCGCACAAAACCAUACCCUAUACCUCUGCGGUAUGUAGACUUGGUGAUCAAAGAGAUAAAGAAACUUGAAGCUAUUGGCAUUAUUGAACCGUCUAAGAGUGCGUAUUGUUCACCCAUAGUUGUGGUUAAGAAGAAAGGAGGAGACAUUAGGAUCUGCGGGGAUUACCGUCGCGUUAACACAGCUACUCAAUUCGAGGCGGAACCAAUGUCUGAUCAACGCCUUAUCUUCUCGCGUUUAUCUGCUUCUAAAUAUUUCACGAAACUAGACCUCACAAAAGGAUUCUUCCAGAUUCCUUUGCAUCCAGAAAGCAGGAAGAUAACAGCUUUCAAAACCCCCUGUGGACUGUAUCAAUACAAGGUGCUACCCUUUGGAUUAACGAACUCUCCCUCAGUCUUCAAUCGGUGCAUGCGUCAGGUACUUGGAGAUAUUUCGGGAGUAGAAAUCUUUAUGGAUGACUUACUCAUACAUACAUCAACUUUGGCUGAGCACCAGAAGCUGCUCGACGUAGUUUUCAGUAAAUUAUCUCUGCAUCGAAUGACCUUAAAGCCCAGCAAGUGUGAGAUAGCCUUCACACGGACCCACUUCCUUGGCCACACCGUUGGAGAUGGCAAAUGCGAGUGUCAGCAGGAGAAAAUACAGAAGAUUCGCAUGGCACCGCGACCCGUAAAUCAACACCAGCUUCGUUCUUUCCUCGGCCUCGUUGGGUAUUAUCGGAGCUUCAUCAAAGACUUUACGCAGAUUGCUCUUCCGCUAUUCAACCUCCUGAAGAAAAACUGCAGCAACAAGAUGGUGUGGGGUGCAGAGCAGGAGAAAUCCUUCGCUACACUAAAGGAAACCUUGUGUUCUGAACCUAUUCUCCGACUUCCAUCCAAAGAUAAACCGUUUACUUUGCGGACAGACGCAUCGGGAGAAGGUGUUGGAGCAAUCCUUUUGCAAGAGUUUGAUGGCAGAUUGUUCCCCGUAGCUUACCACAGCCGUAGACUCUCCAAAGCUGAGUGCAAUUAUUCGACUGUUGAACGAGAGCUGCUAGCUGUUAUAGAGGGGAUUCACAAGUUUUAUUACUACUUGUGUGGUGCUAAAUUCACUUUGGAAACAGACCACAUGCCUCUCUCGCAGCUCAAACGAUCCAAGACCGCCAAUGCGCGCCUGAUGCGCUGGGGUCUCUACCUUCAGCAAUUUGAGUUCACUAUCCGCUAUAUAAGAGGAACUGAGAACGUAGGAGCUGAUCUACUCUCAAGGCUGAUCAGCGGAAGCAGCAGUGACCUUGAGGACAGUCUACCUGAAACGUCUCGCAACCCGGGACCUCAACUACAAUAUCAUGAAGCGGAGGUGGAGCAUCAACUGCAGAAGAAUCUUCAUUCCCGGGGAGCUGAGGUUCGAAACCUGUACUACUUGACUCCUGCGCAGGUUAUCACUUCAGAAUCUAACCUUGAAGGAGAGAAGCUAUCACUUCAAGUGGAUUCUUUUUCUCGCCUUAGUUAA